CAGACUUCAAAACAGUCUAAACAGUCACAUCAGCAACACAGACCUCUUUGUCUAUUUCUUAACUCUCCACUUCAAAACUCCUAAAGGAUAAUCAAAAUGUUCAAAUUGGUGGUGUUGUCUGCUCUUUUGGCCGUAGCUGCUGCUCGUCCCGGUUACUUGGCUGGCCAUGGUCCUCUUCUACUGUCGGCUCCUGCCACUGUCAUCCAUGAGCCUGCCUAUGCCAAAGUUGGUGCCAUUGUCAAAUCCGUACCCACUGCCGUAUCCCAUCAAUCCAUUAGCCAGGUCCACAGCUCAGCUCAUGUUGUCCAGCCCAUUGUUGCACCAGUGAUUAAGACAACCUAUGCUGCAGCUCCCUUAGCAUUGCAUGCCAGUUAUCAUGCUCCUGUCUUGCCAUUGGCCCAUGGUUAUGCUCAUCCCUGGUAAA